CGGGAGGGUGGUAGUAUAAGACAGCCGCAGCCGCUGUUCUUGGUCCUGAAAACAGACGAGCCAAGCACAGGAAUCCCCGGAGAGGAGCGCAGGAGGAGGCUGCAACUCAGCAACAACAACAGUGACGACUCUUAACAUUAGACAUCAACAACAACAACUCACACACAACAACAGCAACCACACAGUGCAGGCAGUGGGGUCUGUGCAUGUCAGCAGUAUUCUGGCAGCUUUGAGUGUGACGUGACGAGGAGGGGAAACUGGAAUCCCCCCGCUGCUCCAACAGAACUGCGAUAGACUGAUGACCUGUCCAGGCGUACCCUGUCUCUCAGCGUGACCUGGAAUUGGUUCCUGCCCCCUGUGACCCUGGACGAGAUAAGCAGGCAUUUUGGAUCCCCCUCACUGCUCACAGCAGGCCCUGUUCUGAGUGGCCAUGAUUGGGUACCACGAUGCCUCAAGUGCCCUUACCCUCCUGGUCCUCCUGACAGGGGCUUCCUUCCUCCAUCGGUCUACCCCCAACCCAAUCAACACCCCUGGAGAUGUCAAUAACCCACACAAAGAUACUCCUCCUGGACUGACGGUGUCGGGAGACAGGCAAAGAAAGGAUGAGGAGAGACGAUUAAUACAGAAAGAAGAGGCAGAGAAAGAAGAGGAGCUCUUUAAAGAUGUGGAUCCCAAAACACUAGCAGCGGUUUUACUGGAGGCUCUGAAUCGCUCACAAGUAGAGAGAGGAAGGGAGGGAGAGGAGCGCGAUGGGAUAGAAGAAAAGCUGUGGCUGAAUGCUGAGAUGGGGGAGGUGAAAAAAGAAGAGUCAUACAGAGACGUGAAAACGAUGAAAGAAGCAGACCGAGUCAGAGAUGGACGACAGGAGUUAGACCUGCUGAUGGCUGCACAGGAGACAGCGCAGGAAAGAGAGGAGGAAGAGGAGAGGAAGAAAGCUCAGGAAGAAGAGGAGAAGAUGACAGAGAAGGUGACCAGUCAUACCACAAGCCAGACAGUCCAGGUCCAAACAGAGCAGCAGCUAGUCAGUCCAGAUGGAAGAGGGGAGAAUGGGCAGCCCCAGCAGGGACCAAACAGCCCAGAACAAGGCAGCAAUGAGGAGGAGCAGCUCAGCCCAGAGGAGCUGAAGAACCUUGAGGCCAUGAUGAAGGAGUUUCCUCGUUUGAACACAGCCGAGAGGGAGAGAGAUUCAGAGCAAAACCAGAGAGAGAGCAGAGGCUACAGUAGCUACAAUGACAUCAUACCAAUCAACAAAGGUGGCGACCUCACCAUGUCUAAGAAAAAACUGAAAUGGCAAGAGGAGACACAGAAAGCUCUGAACUUCCCAAUAUUCAGGGGGGGCAAUUUUAUGGAUGACUUUGAAGACAGUAAUUAUGCUGGUAGUAAUGCAGCACAGUCCCAGCUUCCAGCAGAGCAAAAGGUGAUGGAAGAUAAUGAACCAGAAGAGGAGGAGGAAGAUGAAGAGAUGUUGAGCCCAGAGGAGGAGGAGGCUCAGGCUAAAGCAGAGCAGGAGGAGAUGAGGAGGCAGGCGGCUGAGGCACAGAGAGCCAAGAUGGAGGAGGAGAAGUUAGCUGACAUCGCCUCAGACAUGCUGCUGCGCUACAUGGUCAAACAGAAUAACGGGAACAAGAAGUACAGCUCAUUUCUGUCCAAUGCCGCAGAGGACAAGAGGUCUGAUGAGGAACAGGAAGUGACAGAGGAGGACGAUAUUGAUCCCCAGACCAUCGACAAGCUGAUUGAGAUCUCCAGCAAGCUCCAUCUACCUGCCGAUGAUGUGGUGGAUAUCAUCAGUGAUGUGGAGAAGAAGAAGAAGAAAGACGUGCCGCCUGAGAUGACAUCUCGUUGGCAAAAACCUCUAACUCCGAUGUCGUCUUCAUUCUCAUCUACCAGUGGUUUCUCAGCAUCGCCGAUUUCAACCAAUCAAAAUAGCUUCCCCGUCUCUAAACAACCAUCUUCAGUUGUCAAUCUCCUCAAAACAUGGUUCCAGGAGAAAUCGCCAACAAAAUCACAGGAUUUCUGGAGCAAACCUGCAAAGCUUCUGCUAACCAAUCAAAAUCUUUGGCCCACACCUCAGAAGCCUCUGUCAGUCAAACAAGAACUCUGGCUCAAAUCACCCAAGUCUGUUUGGGCUGGCUAUCCUUUAUACACCUACACAUACCCAUCCUACUACCAGCGGAAGCCAUACCCAGACUACUACCCCAUCUAUUUUCCUCCCCCACAUAGACCCAAACCCCGUUAUUACGUCCCCAAACCCAACUUCCUGGGAAAUUCCGCCUACCCCCUCCCACUGCACCCUUGGACAUUUCAGCCAAUACCCAUCCCCAAACCACGUUCCCCUCCCCGAAUGCCUGUGAUCUAUCCUCAACAGAAGCAGUUUUAUUACUCAGCCCCGGCACCUGCAGUGACGAGAAAUGAAGAUUAUUAUGUAGCUGGAAAGCAGCCACACAGCAGCAACCGUGAUGAUCUGGAGAAAUACAUACAGCAGAUACUUAUGAAGAGACUUCAAAUAUUGGACUAAAAGGGGAUGAGAGGAGAGCGAGAAUAGGGAAAAUUAGCAGAAAAGAGUGUAUUGUGAUUUUGUUUUGAUGGUAUUUGGUUUUGUUUUACAUAUGUAACAAGUUUCUUUCACCUAUUUUGAUUGGUUGUGAUUUGGACAAGGACUUUGGACUUUUUUCCAGUGGUAGAUAAAAUGGAACUUUAGUAGGAAAAUGAAAGGAAAGAUACACAUCUACACUCCUCUGUGAAAGAGGGGAAACAGGAGGAAUGUGGUCUGUUGUAAAGCAUGAUGCUGCAAGGAUUUGUAUCAUGCUAGAACUUUUCAUCUAAACUCUAGGCAUGACAGCAUUCUCCAUUUGGACAUUUUACAGUGCCAACAAAGGAGGACGGUUAAAUAUGUUGUUACCUGUACCUUUUUAAAAAUCUGUUUCAGAGUCAGAGAAUGAGAGUCAGAUGAAUUGUAGACAGGUGCCAGAAAAUGUUUGAUGGCUGAUGGCUGAAUUUUACUGUCUAAACACAAAAAGAACAUUUGUGUAAUUAUCUCAGACAGGAAAUUUGAAAAAUAUUUCAUAAACAUACUCUCAUAGAAAUUACAUGCACUACGUGGCCAAAAGCAUGUGGAUGCCAAACAUUCCAGCCAUAUGUGAUAGUUGAACAUGUGAUUCCCAAACUAUGGACAUGAAUGUGCUGCUAUAAAAGCCUUCAUUCUCCACUGGUUUCAGACUUUCCACCAGAUGUUGGAACCUGGCUGCAGGAAUUUUCUUCCAUUCAGCCACACAUUUCUUUACAGAGCUGGCUUUGUGCACAUGGGAAUUGGGAAACUACUGAGGCAAAGUUGGAAUCCCACUAUAUAAAUAUCAUUAUAUGCAUAUUCACGGUGUUGCACUGAAAUAUCAUUGUAUGCUGGAAGCUUAAGAUUUCCUUUCAUUGGAACAAAGGGGCCUGGCCCAAACCAGGAAAAACAACCCCAGACCACAGGGCGUCCACAUAGUUGACUACAUAGUGUGUCAACUGACACACCUAUCAUCUCUUAGAGAUGAAAUCAAGCUCAUACAUAAUCUGGGAAUCAGAUUAUGUAUGAGCUUGAGUCAUUUGCAAAGCCAGCAAAGUCAUUUGCAAUACUUAUAUCAUCUUUUAAAAUGGAUACAUUUUUAUGCAAAUGUAUCAUUUUUGUGUUAUUUGUAAAAAAAAAAAUGCAGCAAAGAUUUUUCAGCAGAACAGCACCUUUCCAUUAUGUAUACUCACACAUACAUACGCAUAUCUUUAUAAAGAAAGUGAAUGCACCAAAAAGCAUAUUUCAUAAAACAGCUGUAGAAGCCACUGUAAUGGCUUGGAUGACUCAUCCUUUUGCAUAACCUCAAUUACCUUGUUGCUAUGGUGCCAAACCCUGGGCAAACUCUAUAUGGCAUUAUUUUACAGUUGAUGCCUUCAGAGGAUGCAGUGGUGGAGGUAUACUGUUCUCUUACUAAACAUAUGCAUUUUAAAGGACAAGGCUGGUGUUAUUCUAUAUUUUUCUUAUUGUUAACUCCCAUGAAAAGACCAAACCAAAUGUGUUAGUCUCUCAAUACUUUCUGACAACCCUACCCUGUUCGUAGCACUCAGCUCGAAGUCCAUUGGUUCCUACUGAAGACAUAAAUAUUUAAAAAUGGCUCACAAAUAUAUAGUUUCUUUAAAAAAAAAAAGCUAAAUCAUUUCCUUAAACAGUUGGCCACUGUAGUUUUUAUCAAACGUUACUCAAACAGGAGGAAAGGCCGCAGUUGUCCUGCAGUUGAAUGGCCCUGCUGUCAUAGCCGCCUCCUGGCUGCAUCCCACUGCCUCCCUGUCUUUUGCGUGAUUUUGGAAACCUCAACGCGAUAAAUUCUACCAGUGGGGAUAACAGAGCGCACUUUCAGACAGUAUUUCCUCCAAGGUAUUCAUGGUGUUGCACUCAGUUGUGUGAAUAAUUCAAAAAGAGAGCUUAAGAGAGAAGUUUAAACCCUGCUUACUUUCACAUCUCAUUUCACAUUUCAUGUACAAUGUACAAUGGUGCAUUUGUUGGGGACUAUUUUCAGCGGAGGAUUAAUCCACAUUUAGUGCUCUGGUAAGUAUGUGGGGCAGCAGGAGGGUGUUUGUGAAAUUGAGUCAAAAUAAACUACAGUGUGUGUGUUCAUGGUAUUGAACCCAGUAACCCAGAGUAACAAUGUGGCUCAUUGAUAUGUUUUUAAAACUUUUUGGACAACAACAGAGCUCUAUGGCACAGAGGAAUAUAUAUAUAUAAGAUAUAUCAGGUUUUGGAUACAUGCACAAUACUUGUUAGUAGGAUACAUUCAUGGUUAGUUUGGCUCUGCACAUGAGAUAUGUAUAUGUAUGAUACCUUAUCCUUUAAAGAUACUCUCCAUGGUUUUGUUAUAGCACCCCAAAGUGCCCCUAAAUCCCAAAGUUCCCUUCAGCUCAUUUAGUGUGAUUUUAGUAUUAAUUUAUCAUUAUCAACUCAAAGUCUAUUUUAAAAGUUUUUCUUGUUAUCUAAAUGUUGCACAACCAUUGAUCAUACAUUGUAUAUAUUUGUAGGUGGGAGGUUGUUUGCCAACUCUGAGCAGAAAUCUGCUGCCUUAUAUGUCACUGUGACAUCCCUCCCAUUACGCUUUAUGUUUUUUUUUUCUUUUGUAUAAUUUGAUAUUAUCGAUGAGAUCAAGGCUUCUGUAAUGGAAGUAGAUGGAAUAAUGUAAAUGACUCUGGGACUGAUUCCAGUGGAGAUGGAAACAGUUUGCUCAUAUUCAGGAGAAUCUAAAGUUUAAUUUACACUUUUAAAAACAUGAUGAUGGGAUUUUUCACUGCUCGGAUUGGAUGACAGUGCUAUAAAAAUGAUUGUAAAAAAAAAAAAAGGUUUUUUUUAACAUGAAAAAAGGAUUGUUUUGCUGAGAUUUCCUUUCUUUACUUAAAUGGCUACUGAUAAUCAGUAAUCAAUAAACACUUCAUUUUCUCCCUUUUCCCUCUUUUUCAAAUACGUCACUGGGUACAAGAGUAUUUGUUGCUCUUUGGUUUGUCUGUAUUAUGGCCGAACAGAAUCAUGUUAUCGAAAUCUCAUAAUGAAAAAAAAUGUCAACAUGAGGCCAUUAGUCAAAAAAUAGAGUGAACUGAAUGGAGGCUUUUUGUAAUUUUUAAUGAUUUGUUGUUUUUUAUGAGAUUAAGAAGGAAGUUAAAGAUUAAGAAUGGAGAGACAGAGAGAAAAAAUGAGCUGAGAUAUGAGGCGACAGACCAGAGAUGAGGGUACAAUGUCUGCAUGUUUAUGUACACUUGCAUCAAAAAAUUGACGUACAAGCAUCAAUUUAAAAAGUAUUAAAAAAAUUUAAGAUGACAGAAACAAUGACGUCGAUGUACCUAAAAAUCAUUGUUUGAGUCAUGUAUGCGGCCAGUAUUGUCCAUGGUCCUUCUAGAUGUACCUUGUUGUAACCACUGUAAUAAACAUGCAUUUGCUGGAUGUAAAUAUGUGCAUGUCAAUGACAAAAAUAAAGUCAAUUAUUUUUAUUACGAAAAUG